AUGGUUAUAGAAUCCGACCUAGAACUGAAUAGAGUACAGGAGUUGGACCAGCUCCUCUCCAUCAUUCAUCCCAAAAUUGUCCAAUAUGUCGCUCUGGCUGACCCGAAUUCCCCGGACUACAAGCAAGAAUCGUUAGGUACUUACCAUAAGCCGCAGUCGUUGAAGAAGGUAUUUACAGGCAACGACGAGAUAUUCAAGAAGGGAUUGAGAAAGUCUCAGACCGAACUCUUUGAGCAGAUCGACAAUGUUCUCAAAUACUCCGUAAACACUUGGAACCCUGGUUUCUUGGACAAGUUGUAUGCUUCCACUAACCCCAUAGGUGUUAUAAGUGAUAUCAUCUUGUCUGUGUUGAAUACCAACUCUCACGUCUAUACUGUUUCACCAGUACUCUCUGUGUUGGAGAACUACAUGGGUAAGAAGUAUGCCCGCUUCUUUUGGGAAGAUGGUGAGAGUGUUGGAGGACUCACCUUCUCUGGUGGAUCAUGGUCCAACAUUACAGCAAUGCACAUGGCCAGAUCUCUUAAGUUCCCCGAGACCAAACUCGAAGGUAACGCUGGUCGUAAGUUUGCCGUGUUCACAUCGAAGCAUUGUCAUUACUCCGUGGAGAAAGCUGCCAUUUUACUAGGUAUGGGCCAGAAAAGCGUCUUCAAGGUUGACAUAAACAAAGAUGGCACAAUGAAGCCAGAUGCUCUUGACGACGCCAUUGAAACGGCUAAGAAAGAUGGCUACACGCCAUUUUUCAUUAACGCCACCGCAGGUACCACCGUCUUUGGAUCAUUCGAUGAUUUGAACGCCAUUGGUCCAAUUGCGAAAAAGCACAACUUGUGGCUCCACGUAGACGGCUCGUGGGGAGGUAACGUGGUAUUUUCGGAAUCACACAAGCAGAAGCUCGCUGGCGUCAAGCAUGCCGAUUCCGUCACCGUGAAUCCUCACAAGAUGCUAGGCACACCAACCACUUGUUCGUUUUUGCUUGUGCAAGAUGUGCGUCAUUUCCAAACCGCAAACUCUCUCAGCGCUCCGUACUUGUUUCACGGAAGGGACAAUGACGAAGAAAAUCACGACUUGGCCGAUGGAACCAUGGGAUGCGGCAGAAGAGCCGACUCAUUUAAGUUUUACUUGACAUGGUUGUACUACGGCGAAGAUGGCUUGCGCGGCCGAGUCGACCAUGCCUUUGCUAUUGUGGACUACUUCAAGGAAAAAAUUGCCCAGUUGCCAGGGUUUGAGUUGGUGGUUGACCUGCCUCAGUGCUUGCAGGUGUGCUUUUUUUACCGUCCAAAGGGUUACGAAAAAACCAGCUUCACCGAUGUCACCCGUUAUGUGUCACGGGAGCUUCAUAAGAGAGGCAAGUAUCUCGUGGACUUCCUGCCUGACACGUCGAAUGAUGCCAAGGGCGAGUUUUUCCGGGUGGUAUUCAACCUGCCUAUUCUCACUGAUAAGGUGAUAGAUGACCUUGUGGAGAACAUUGUGGCGAUUGGCCAGGAGUAUCACGCCAAUUAG